GGGCGGAGCCUCGAAGGAACGGGUCGGUGGGAGUUGCUCUGGGGCUGGCUGGAUCCUCUCGGCCCAAUGGCUGCUCUGAAGUACGCGGGGCUGGAGGACACGGACAGCGAGGAGGAGCUGCCGCCCGGCUGGGAGGAGCGGACCACCAAGGACGGCUGGGUUUAUUAUGCUAAUCAUCUUGAAGAGAAAACCCAAUGGGAGCAUCCUAAAUCUGGAAAGAGAAAACGCGUUGCAGGAGAUCUGCCAUAUGGGUGGGAGCAAGAAACAGAUGAAAACGGACAAGUCUACUUUGUGGACCAUAUAAACAAAAGGACUACGUACCUUGACCCCAGACUGGCAUUUACAGUUGAAGAUAAUCCAGUGAAGUCUACGACUAGACAGAGAUAUGAUGGAAACAGUACUGCAAUGGAAAUCCUUCAGGGUCGUGAUUUGAGUGAAAGAGUGGUUAUAAUCACUGGAGCGAAUUCUGGACUAGGAUUUGAAACUGCAAAAUCUCUUGCACUCCAUGGUGCCUAUGUCAUUCUUGCCUGCAGAAAUAUGUCAAGAGCCAAUGAAGCUGUGCAACGCAUCCUAGAGGAAUGGCAUAAAGCCAAGGUAGAAGCUAUGACCUUAGACCUUGCUUCUCUUCACAGUGUGCAGCACUUUGCUGAAGCGUUCAAAUCCAAGAAUGUGCCACUCCAUAUGCUGAUCUGCAAUGCUGCUGUUUUUGCUGCUCCAUGGUCCUUGACAGAAGAUGACCUAGAGGCCACCUUCCAGGUGAAUCACCUGGGGCAUUUUUACCUUGUCCAACUGCUUGAAGACAUUCUACGCCGCUCAUCUCCAGCAAGAGUUGUGAUGGUUUCAUCAGAAUCACACAGAUUUUCAGAAAUUAAAAAUUCUUCAGGAAAGCUUGACUUCAGCCUGCUUUCUCCAUCUAAGAAAGAGUUCUGGGCUAUGGUGGCCUACAACCGUUCCAAGCUUUGCAAUAUAUUGUUCUCCAAUGAGCUAAACCGCCACCUUGCUCCCCACGGGGUGACUUCUAAUGCAGUGCAUCCUGGAAAUAUGAUCUACUCAUCCAUUCAUCGCAACUGGUGGGUGUAUACCCUGCUGUUUACCUUGGCUCGGCCUUUCACCAAAUCCAUGCAACAAGGAGCUGCCACAACUGUCUACUGUGCCACCGCUCCAGAGCUGGAGGGCCUGGGAGGAAUGUACUUCAACAACUGCUGUCGCUGUUUGCCAUCACAAGAGGCCCAGAAUGAAGUGACGGCUGCAGCUUUGUGGGAGCUAAGCGAGAGACUGAUCCAAGAACGAAUUGGCAGGCAGUCCAAAUAACAGGGAGCUUUUGUAAGGAUCAAAACACACACAGUAUGUGCACACUAGAAAACUGCCAACUCUGGAGCCUUUCCAAUCUUAUCAUCUCGAGGGUUUCCAUAUACCUCAGAUACAGAUUAGCUAGUGUUAAAUGAAAUAAUAUCGGUCACAACGUAGUGAAAACAGCUAAGUACUAAUGGAAAGUGGGGAAUACUGUGGGUUAAAGGGACAAUAUUGCUUUCUGGGGUUUAGUUAGUCUUGGUUCUCUUUCUUUUGGUUAUAGCCCAUUGAGUGUAAUUCAAGGAGGCAUCUUUUGAGUUAUUUUAGAAGAGCAAUGCAGAGUAUAUUUCUUGAUGCUUUGAUUAAUGACUACAUGGAUAGCCCCAAAAUAACACGGGAUCUCCUCUAUUUGUGGUAAUUAUUUGCUGUUAGGCCUUAUGCACUGAUUGGGGAUGAUGGUGCGGUUUAUUCUUUUCCCUACUAAGUUUUUAUUGGGUGUGGCAAAUAAAAAA